ACGUGACGGAGCGGGUCAUGUGACCAGCCCUAGUCGUCUCCAGUGAGCAGCUAGCAGGCAGUGCAGUUAGUGCGGCCAUGUGUGGACAGUGGGGUUGCUGGAUGUUACUGCUCCUGGGCACUGGCUUCAGUCAUGCGCUGAGCCAGGGGAUGUUAUAUCCCAGGGAGACCCCCACCAGGGAGCUGAAGGAACUGAAUGGGAUCUGGAGUUUCCGGGCUGACAGAUCCCCUCAGAGGGACGAGGGGUUCCAGCAGCAGUGGUACAAGCGGCCGCUGAGGGAGUCUGGUCCUGUUAUAGAUAUGCCAGUACCUGCCAGCUAUAAUGAUAUCACUCAGGACAUUGGUUUGAGAGAUUUCAUUGGAUGGGUCUGGUACGAGAAAGAAGUCUGGCUGCCCAGUCGCUGGUUGGAUGACGUGGCUUCUAACCGAAUUUUGCUGCGGGUUGGCAGUGCCCACUAUUUCUCCAUAGUGUGGGUUAAUGGUGUUCAAGUGACGCUGCAUGAAGGAGGACACCUGCCCUUUGAAGCCAACAUCUCCAGUGUUCUAAAAGGCAUUUUGGGAACUCCCUGUCGAAUCACCAUUGCUGUAAAUAAUACCCUCACUCUAAACACCCUACCUCCAGGAUACAUCCAAUAUAUGAACGACCCCACACGAUAUCCCAAAGGAUAUUUUGUACAAAAUACAGAGUUUGAUUUCUUUAAUUAUGCCGGUAUACAUCGCCCUGUGGUUCUUUAUACAACCCCCUCAGUGUACAUUGAUGACAUCACCAUUAUUACGGACAUAAGCGAUAAGACAGGAUUGGUAAUCUAUGAAGUAUCUGUGGUUGGUUCAGAUUAUUACUCAGUAGCUGUUAUCUUACGUUGUCAAAAUGGGGAAGAGGUAGCCAGUGCUGUGGGGGCGGUAGGACAGCUGAAAGUGAGCAACGCCAAUCUUUGGUGGCCGUAUUUAAUGAAUGAAAACGCUGGAUAUCUAUAUUCCUUUGAGGUGAAAAUUCGGGCAGAUACAGACAAUGGCGUAUGUGAAGAUGUCUACACUUUACCUGUGGGGAUAAGAACAGUCCAGGUAUCAGGUCAGCAGUUCCUCAUCAAUGGGAAGCCUUUCUACUUCCAUGGAGUCAACAAACAUGAAGACUAUGAUAUUAGAGGAAAGGGUCUGGACUGGUCUACAGUCCUGAAGGAUUUUAACCUGUUAAAGUGGCUGGGGGCAAACUCAUUUCGCACUAGCCAUUACCCCUAUGCUGAAGAAAUCAUGGACCUGUGCGAUAAAUAUGGUAUUGUGGUCAUCGAUGAAUGUCCAGGAGUUGGCAUAAAACAGCCUGAGAGUUUUGGAAACAAAUCUCUGCAGCACCAUUUAGUUGUCAUGGAGGAACUGGUGCGAAGAGAUAAAAACCGCCCCUCAGUGGUGAUGUGGUCAGUCGCCAAUGAACCAGCCUCACAGAUUCCUCCUGCAGGGUAUUAUUUUAAGACUGUCAUUGGUCACACUAAACAAUUGGACAACACCAGACCCGUAACUUAUGCUAGUAGUGCAAACUUUGACAAAGACCAAGGGGCCCCAUAUGUGGAUGUGAUCUGUGUCAAUAGCUACUUCUCCUGGUACCAUGACUCUGGUCACCUGGAAGUAAUUCAGCUGCAACUCCAUAACCAGUUUGACAACUGGUAUGAGAAGUACCAAAAGCCGAUCAUACAGAGUGAAUAUGGAGCAGAUACUAUACCAGGCUUCCAUAAUGACCCUCCAUUAAUGUUCACAGAGGAAUACCAAGCAAUAGUAUUAAAACACUAUCAUGCUGCAUUGGAUGAAAAGAGGAAGAAAGGUGUCAUCGGGGAACUCAUCUGGAACUUUGCAGACUUCAUGACAGCACAAUCAGUUACCAGAGUUGUGGGGAACAAGAAAGGAAUCUUCACCCGCCAGAGACAACCUAAAUCAGCUGCUUUUAUUCUGCGGGACAGAUACUGGAAGCUGGCCAAUAACACUGGCUCAUCGGACUCUAUGUGGAAGAAUUAUGCCACUCAGGAUCUGCACUGUAGAAAGAGAGAAAAAACUGCACUGUACAGACCAGACAUUGGCGACUGCUAUAUUUUGGGCUGAGG